ACGUAGUCAAGUCAACGCACCUCUCGAGCUCUCUCGCCCCGUCGCCCGAGACCGACGCCGGCAGUGCCGCACGCCGCCUCCGUCUCUUCUCCCCGACCCUACCCUACCCUACCCGCACAUCCCCGCCGUCGAUCUGCUCAGCCCCGCCGCUGUUCGAUCUCCUAAGCCCCGCUGCCUAUCUGCUCAGCCUCAGCCCCGCCGCCGUCGGCCGUCACCGCACCAGCCAUCAUCGACGCCGGACCACGGCGAGGCGUCGAUGCCCUCCAUGGCGGGAGCUGGGAUGAGGGCGUCCAUGACGGGCAGGACUCCGUCCUCCCCCAGUCUCCCACCUCCUCCCUUCAGCGGCCCGACCCAAUACGAUGGCAUUACUCCAUCAUCCCCAUGGCCGCCGCCUUCCUCGGCCGGGAACAACUUCUUGGGGCCGCCUGAGCCGCUGCUGCGGCACACUGAAAUUGACUGGUUCAGGGGCACCUUCAGCUUGCCUGCCAAGCGAGUGCCUCUGUUUCCUCUUGGUUUCCUUACUGAAUUUGUCCUCGAGUGGCCGGCCUAUGCAACAUUAUUGAGCCAGAGCGUUAGAUUUCAAGUAUGUUGCCAGCCAUGGAGGAGCCCCUUGUUGGGGGCAACAGCAGCGCUGAGGAGACAGGAGGGCCAAAAGAGAGCUUGGUGGUGACCGAGGUUAAGAAGCAGCUGUACCUCGCCGGGCCCCUCAUCGCCGGAUGCCUCUUGCAGAGCGUCGUGCAGAUGAUAUCGGUCAUGUUUGUCGGCCAUCUCGGUGAGCUCGCUCUCUCGAGUGCCUCCAUCGCCACCUCCUUUGCCGGUGUCACCGGCUUCAGCUUGUUGUCUGGCAUGGCGAGCAGCUUGGACACACUGUGUGGGCAAGCCUUUGGGGCAAAACGGUACCAUCUGCUCGGCAUCUACAAGCAGAGGGCCAUCCUUGUGCUCACUCUGGUGAGCGUUGUGGUUGCGGUGCUCUGGGCGUACACUGGGCAGAUCCUCCUGCUCUUCGGCCAGGACCCGGAGAUUGCCAUGGGGGCAGGGAGCUACAUCCGGUGGAUGAUUCCAGCACUGUUCGCUUACGGACUGCUGCAGUGCCAUGUCCGGUUCCUCCAGACACAGAACAUUGUCCUCCCGGUGAUGGCGAGCGCAGGCGUCACGGCGCUGAGCCACGUGCUUGUGUGCUGGUUGCUGGUGUACAAGCUUGGGCUGGGCAACAAGGGCGCUGCCCUGGCCAAUGGCAUCUCAUACCUGGCCAAUGUGUCAAUCUUGGCUAUCUACAUCAGGGUCUCUCCAUCCUGCAGGAGCACCUGGACAGGCCUCUCAAAGGAGGCGUUUCACGACAUCCUUAGCUUCAUGAAGCUUGCCGUGCCAUCUGCGCUGAUGGUUUGCCUAGAGUGGUGGUCGUUUGAGCUGCUGGUACUUCUCUCCGGACUUCUCCCAAAUCCUAAGCUGGAGGCAUCGGUGUUGUCCAUUUGUUUGAACACAAGUUCAUUAGCAUUCAUGAUCCCCUUCGGUCUUGGGGCAGCCAUAAGCACCCGUGUUUCAAAUGAGCUUGGUGCUGGGCGACCUGAAGCUGCCCGUCUGGCUACUCGUGUGAUCAUGGUUCUUGGCCUUGCGACUGGUGUGUCUUUAGGACUUAUUAUGCUCUCGGGGCGCAAUCUAUGGGGGUACGCAUACAGCAAUGAGAAUGAGGUGGUGGAAUACAUUGCAAGAAUGAUGCCGCUUCUUUCCGUGACGAUCAUUUUCGACGAUCUACAAUGUGUUCUUUCAGGUAUUGUCAGAGGCUGUGGCUUGCAAAGGAUUGGUGCUUGUGUGAAUCUCAGCGCGUACUACCUUGUCGGCAUUCCGGCGGCGCUAUGCUUUGCCUUUGUCUACCAUCUUGGCGGAAUGGGGCUGUGGUUCGGAAUAAUCUGUGGGAUAGUGGUACAGAUGCUGCUGCUGCUGAGCAUUACCAUGCGCACCAACUGGGAUAAAGAGGCUCUCAAGGCAAAGGACAGAGUUUUCAGUUCGUCCCUGCCUCUAGACAUGACGACAAGCCAGCCAGAGCGUGAGAUUUCUAGCAUGUUGCCAGCCAUGGAGGAGCCCCUUGUUGGGGGCAAGAGCAACACUGAGGAGAGAGGAGGGCCAAAGGAGAGCUUGGUGGUGACUGAGGUUAAGAAGCAGCUGUACCUCGCCGGGCCUCUCAUCGCCGGAUGCCUGCUGCAGAACGUCGUGCAGAUGAUAUCGGUCAUGUUCGUCGGCCAUCUCGGCGAGCUUGCUCUCUCGAGUGCCUCUAUCGCCACCUCCUUUGCGAAUGUCACCGGCUUCAGCUUGAUGUCUGGCAUGGCGAGCAGCUUGGACACACUGUGUGGGCAAGCCUUCGGGGCAAAACGGUACCAUCUGCUCGGCAUCUACAAGCAGAGGGCGAUCCUUGUGCUCACUCUGGUGGGCGUUGUGGUUGCGGUGCUCUGGGCGUACACCGGGCAGAUCCUCCUGCUCUUCGGCCAGGACCCUGAGAUUGCCAUGGGGGCAGGGAGCUACAUCCGGUGGAUGAUUCCGGCACUGUUCGCUUACGGACUGCUGCAGUGCCACGUCCGAUUCCUCCAGACACAAAGCAUCGUGCUCCCGGUGAUGGCGAGCGCAGGUCUCACGGCGCUGAGCCACGUGCUUGUGUGCUGGUUGCUGGUGUACAAGCUUGGACUGGGCAACAAGGGCGCUGCGCUGGCCAAUGCUGUCUCGUACCUGGCCAAUGUGUCAAUCUUGGCUCUCUACAUCAGGGUCUCUCCAUCCUGCAAGAGCACCUGGACAGGGCUCUCAAAGGAGGCGUUUCACGACAUCGUCAGCUUCAUGAAGCUUGCCCUGCCAUCUGCGCUCAUGGUUUGCUUAGAGUGGUGGUCGUUUGAGCUGCUGGUACUUCUCUCCGGACUUCUCGCAAAUCCUAAGCUCGAGGCAUCGGUGUUGUCCAUUUGCUUAAACACGGCUUCAUUAACAUUCAUGAUCCCCUUCGGCCUUGGGGCAGCCAUAAGCACCCGUGUUUCAAACGAGCUUGGUGCUGGGCGACCUGAAGCUGCCCGUCUGGCUACUCGUGUGACCAUGGUUCUGGGUCUCGUGACAGGUGUGUCGUUAGGACUUAUUAUGAUCUCGGUGCGCAAUCUAUGGGGGUAUGCGUACAGCAACGAGAAGGAGGUGGUGGAGUACAUUGCGAGAAUGAUGCCGCUUCUUUCCGUGUCGAUCAUUUUCGACGAUAUGCAAUGUGUUCUUUCAGGUGUUGUUAGGGGCUGUGGCCUGCAAAGGAUUGGAGCUUGUGUCAAUCUCAGCGCAUACUACCUUGUCGGCAUCCCAGCGGCGCUAUGCUUUGCCUUUGUCUUCCAUCUUGGCGGAAUGGGGCUGUGGUUCGGUAUAAUCUGUGGAUUAAUCGUGCAGAUGCUGCUGCUGCUGGCCAUCACCAUGCGCACGAACUGGGACAAAGAGGCUCUCAAGGCAAAGGAUAGGGUUUUCAGUUCGUCCCUACCUCUGGACGUGUCGACAUGAAGAUGGAACAAGAUGCACAGUUGCUCUUGGCCAGGACCAGGGCGCUGACUGGGCAAAGGAGACGAGGAACUCGUCAAGAAUUAAUUGGUCAUCGCUUAGUCUCCAUGUCAACAGCAUGGCGCUUCCUCGAAGGAAACGUCACCCGAUGAAUGAUCUGUUUUGGUGACUUUUGGUCGAAGACGUGAGAUAGAAUUAUAGAAAUAGAAUGGAUGUUUUCACAGGCAAAGGCAUGGCACUCAGUCGAUACGGUAUGGAUGCAACAUUUUCUUUUUGAGAAUUUAGUAGAGUAGAUUAUUAUUUUCUUGAUUAUACAAAAUAUUAGGUUGUUUUGUCUCGGUGGACGCUGAUGUGGAAAAACUGAAUUACUACACUGCCCAACGAGAAGGAAGUGGUGGAAUAUACCGGCGAACGGGCGAAAGUCAAUUUCAUCGUCUAGAUUUGCCAAGGAUCAGUUGAUCAAGUACAGGAUGAAUUUGUAACACGUUUUGGGGAAAUCAAAUUAAAUGAAUGCUAUGCUUCUGUAA